AUGAGUUGGUUCAAGCGAAAUAAAGGAGUUGAAAAAACUGACGAUCUUGAUUUGUCUGCGUGUUUUGAUAGCUUUAACAAACAUUGGCAACAAACUUUUGAAAUUAUUGAUAGAUUUCAAACUUCAAAAGGCGUUAUUAAGCAUGAUGAUAUUGUAGCCGUUAUAAAUCAUUUAAAUCAAUUAAUAAAGCUAUUGUUACUUGAUGUACAAUCAGCCAAAUCAACCAAUCAAUCACAGUGUCUUGAAUACUUUUUGAGAAACCAAUUACUAGGAAAAUUAUACUCAUGGAGCUUAAAAACAGACAGGUUCAAAAACUAUUUAAAAUUGGAACAAUUAAAAGUUUAUGGAGUUCUCUUGUCAGAACUUCGAAUACAUCAGAUACUUUCUGAUGAUUCUAUAUUAAAUCCUUUAAUACUAAUAUUAAACUCAUAUGAUGGUGAUUGCUUAUCUGUAGAAAUUGAAAAACACUUAGUCACAGUUUUAAGACAAUUUUGUGUUGUGCUUUCUCAUCAACCAAGUAUAUUGUGCAAUGUCUUAAAAGAUAACACUUCAAAUUCAAAAUGUGUUAUAUUGUCAUUAUUGAUGGCAUUCAUACACCGUGAUGGAUCAAUUGGUGAAGAGGCGCGUGAUGCCUUAUUAAUAUUUGUGUCAUUAUCUCGUCAAAAUGAUACACUAGCUAAUAUCAUAACAUCUAAAUCGAAUGUGAGUCCUGUAUUGGCAACUGGUUUAAGUGGUCUAUAUUCAGUGUUGCCACGAAAAUUAGAUUUUGAAAAUGAUUGCUACAGACUGAGCCCAGAAAAUAUUGAACAUGUACCAGAACUAAAUAAUUUCUUAGCUUCAGUAGAAUUGUGUAAUGCUGUUGCUAAAAUAUGUCACAAAUCUGUAUAUGAUCAACUUUUGGAUUACUUAUACCAUGGGUUCCUUCUACCCGUUGUCGGGCCAGCAUUAAUGCAGGUGGCAGAAGAGGAAGUAGCUACAGCAACAGUAUACUUAGAUUUACUACUUCGUAGCGUCACUCAUCCAGGACUUUUACAAACAUUUGUGAAAUUUGUGCUGUGUGAAAGAUUUGAAAAAAUAAAAAUAAUUGAAUUGCUCGUCAAUCGAAUUAAUAGCAAAUCUUUUAAGGUUUGUAUUGCUACACUUGCAUUGAUGGAAACAAUUUUAGACUUAAACUGUGAGGAUGUCAUGUUAGAACUAGUAUUCAAGUAUUUAGUGCCGUGCACGCACAUAAUGCUUAGCCAACGUUCACGUAUUAAACAAGUAGAUUCAUAUUGUAAAUCAGCUGACAUAUUUUUGUCCUUAAUACCAGAUGUCUUCAAACAUAGGAAUGUUAAUUCUCAAACUUUAUUCUCUGAGUAUCGAUGUUAUUUGAACUGUGCACGAAUUAAGAUAGCUGAAUGUGCUAUAGAAACUAAACAUUGGACAUACCUAUAUGAUGGAGAAAAUCCAUCUCACGUAAUAGUUGAAACUAAGACAAAUGAUGUGGAGAAUGAUCAAAACAGCAUAUUAUCAGCUGACGAUAGUUCAAGUGGAUAUGAAAGUUUUAAAGCCAUGAAAGACAUUGACAAAAUGCUCGGAACUGAUGAUAGUAGGCCUGCUGACGAAAUUUUGUCAAACACUUCUUCGCCAUGUGGUAGUGAUUCGCCAACGUGCUUCAUAAGACAGUCAGCAUUCAAGACAAAAGAACCACUUACACAAUACCCUUGUUUGGGUCCAUUUCUCGAAGCGCUAUUUUCAAAUCUAGAAAAUUUGCCCGAACAAGAUUUUCGGAUAAACUUACGUCUCACUGCUGUUAUGACUCGUCUGUCCAUGUACAACAAACCUUUAAUUCAAUCAUUGUUACUAAAUCAUUCUAUGAUUUUUCAGCCAUGUAUACGUUCUCUGUUUCAAAUAUUGCGCUCUUUAAAACAGACUAUGGAAACAAAAUUAUGCAGCCGUGUGGAAAAAGUUAAAGAAGCCGAAUCAUUUUUAAUUGAACGAGAAAAUAAACUCUGCAACACUAAAUGCAGUCGUUCAGCUGGUGAGAAAAUUCCGGAACCAUUUGCUAGAGGUGAAACCAAACGGCGCAGCAUAUCAGUAGCAUUUGGAGCAAUGUUCAGAAGAAAUUCAGGAAACAAGGAAGCCAUAUUAGAAUCCACAAGCAACGGUUACAGGUAUUACAAAGAAAAUGAAACCGAGUCUUUAGACUUGCCAAUAAACGCAAUAAUUCUGGCAGAAUGGUUGAAGGAACUGUCGGCCAUUUGUCAAGAACACACAAUUAGCUAG